CCGGAAGUACUCGUUUGCGCUAGGCGUGACGGUUUCCGGUGUCAUGUCAGCCUCCUAGAGAAGCCGCAUGUCACACUUCUCCAAAGAUGGCUGACUCUGUGCAAGACAAGGGCCACGGGUUGAGGUUUGCCGAGCAGCAGCUGAAGCGUCACGGCUGGAAACAUGGUAAAGGACUGGGUCGGGAUGAGAAGGGCAUAUCGGAAGCCAUCAAGGUUAAAGUGAAGUGCAACAAAGGCGGGGUGGGCCACAAGGAAGGAGAGCAGUUCACUUUCCACUGGUGGGAUCAUGUCUUCAAUAAGGCUUCGGCCAGCCUUCAGGUGGAAUCCCAUCAGAAUGGCAUUUCGUUGAAAAAAAGGGCUGAGGACGAUGAAGACGACAGCGUGAUUUCUAACAAGAAGCCUCGGAAGGCCUCGUUGGCUAAAGCCAAACUCUAUGGCUGCUUUGUCAAGUCGGCCACUCUGCUGUCUGGUCAGGAGCAGCCAGAGCCAACAGUUGACAGUGACGACAGCAGCUCGGACCAGGAGGAAGAUCACAAACUUGAUCUUUCUUCCGCUACCAAGCUGUCUGAUUUCGAGCUGGUGAAGGCUUGCGGAGGACGCACCGCCCACAAAGGAGCCAGACACGGUUUGAACAUGAGCGCUAAACUAGCCCGGCUGGAGCAGCAGGAGGCUGACUUCAUGGCCAAAUACGGCAACAAGACCGAAGACAGGCGGGAAGGAAACAAGUCUAAGAACAAAAGGGCAUCUGAGGAGAUGACUGAAGUAUUAAACAACUCCAAUAUUUCACUUUUGGAACCGUCUGACAUCAGAAUCAAAAAGAAGAAAAAGAAAAGGAGUGAUGACAGAGAAGAAGCGACAUGCGUAGAAAAUGGUCACGAGAACCACACGAAGAAGCAGAAGAAGAAAAACGGACAGUUGACAGGUCCAGAGCUUGACAUCACUCCUCUGCUGGAAAGGAAGAAGAAGAAGAAGAAGAAAGAGCUGCAACUUCCAGUAGUAGAAGAGCAGAUGAACCACACAGAGUCGGAGCCGCUUGUUUCCGAACAUCGAGUCAAGAAGAAAAGCAAAAAGAGCAAAAAGGACUCAAACAUGUGGGAGGAGCCACAAGCAUCACCUCCACCAAAGAAGAAAAAGUCCAAAGAGUAAUCUUUGGUCUUCCGUAGUGACUGAGGAUUCUUUAAAUAAACUCAUUUCUUCUGUACAA